GACUUGUUGAGCGGCUUCCGCACGUGGCCACGAGUCGGACGACCAGCGUUAGCUUCGGCGUAAGCCAUGGCCUCGGGUGAAAUUGAGUCGAAAAGAGGAUCGUGUAGCAGCCACUGCCUGUAAUGUCGCGAGUAUGGACCAUCGGUGACUCCGUGAGGUGGCGGGUGCGCUGGAGUCGAGUAGCCAGCCGGAGGCAGGAUGGCGGGGCCAGUACCUUGAGUCACGGCAGACGAUGGCUCACUGGUGCCUGGAUACGGACGAAGCUCGCAUCUCCUCAGCUGCUCGAGAGCGAUUUGACACUUUGCAAGCUCCUGCUCAAUCAAGCGAAGCUCGUUAUGCUUCAUGAGAAUCUGCAGGUUGAAUUCGUUCUCAAUGACUUGCUGGAGCGGGGUCAGACUGGACAUGCGCGCCGUCUCAUCGUGUGCAGCAACAGAAAUGGAGUGGUCCGGAAGAGGUUUUGUGGGCAUGGCUUUCGGAAUGCAAGGAGCUCGCGCCUCCUUUGGCUGUACCAGCGAUGUCGGUGACGGGUUUUCAGGAGCUGGAGCAGGUGUUUCUCGCGGUGCCAGACGGUUCCAGGCGGGACUCGCUAGAGAUGUGUCGUUUACCGAAGCUGGCAUUUGAGCGGAGUGUUUAUCUACAGCUGCGAAAGUCUGGCGCACAGACUCAUUUUGGUGUUUCUUGACUGGCGGCAUUUGCGGUGGCGAUGCAGCAUCCGAGCUGGCAGAUCGCUUUCUCUUCAAGUCUUGAAGCAUGGGUAUUUCUACCAUAGGUCGCAUCUUGUCGAGAGGAGCCUUGUCUGACAACUUGAGGUUGUGAUCGCCGCCCCAUGGCAGCCGAAAUAUGCUCUGCAUGAUGAGCGCAGUGCUAGACUCUAACAAAUGCAGAAAGGCUGCGUAGAAGCUUCUGCCUCCAUCAAGCGCGCAGAGAGAGGUGGGAAGGAGGGUCAAGGUGUGAUCGAGGUUGGAAGCGACCGGGAGACUUUUACAGCCUCUGGACACUCGCGGUUCGUGGUUGUGGUUGCGGCUGGUGGGCGAGGGUCAAAUGGGGGUGUGGAAGAGGCGGCGAGGCGUGCAUGGGAGAAGGAAAGAAGCGAAGCAACAAGUUGGACGUUUGUCCCAGAGAUGCGAACGAAAGACGAUGGGAGCGGGAGGCACAAGCAGGACACGACAGCAAGGAGUGGGCCGCCGGGCUCAGCGCUGGCGAUGCGGAUUAUCAUUGGCUGGCGCGCAAGUCCUGACGCAGUACAGGCGGCAAAAGCUAUUUUGCAGGUACCUCCAUGCUAUUUUGCAGGUACCUACCCUGAUGUAGACAAGUGCGUACACGGACGAUUUACACGCCUAGCACGCUAUACCAUUCUUAGCCAGUUUAUACUGUCAAGCGUACUAUACCCAGUGCGGAUACUGCCUCCCCGAUUCGGGUGGGUACCUGCAAAACAGCAUGGAGGUACCUGCAAAAUAGCUUUUGCCAGUACAGGCGUGUUUCGUUCUGCGCAAGAGCCACGCAUGGGUGCCGGCGGCUGCAUGCCCGUCGGAAGCUUGAGGAAGCUGGUAAUCCUCCCCAUUGGCCGGACGCGAUCGACCUCCUCGCGUCCGCGCUGGUCGGGCGAUCGUGCCAGACUGUUUUGGGCCAUCAAUAUGACAAUAAUAAUGAGGUGCCCUCACCCUCCCGUCACCCCUGAGAGGCGCACGGUAGAAGCUUCUGUCGUGCUUCCACUCCCAAUCCCAAGUGCCGGCAUGUCGUGGCCAGGCUCAUGCUGGAAUGCGAAACGAGCAGCGCUAGGUGCUGAGAAACACGCUGAGAGCGUACCUGAUGCUUUCCUUGUUAGCAUCGUCAAGCACAACUUCAUUCUCGGCUCUACGCCGCCGCCAUCAACUUCUGACAAGUCACAUGCAUCGCGUCUGCCUAAUCUCCGCCGCCUUCCCUUGAACCUUCUGCGCUCACCAGCCUUUGCUCUCACGUGUAGCAAACCGCCGCCCAUGGCCCUCGACUCAACCACCCUCCACAACAAAUACAACCUCCUAAACCUCUCAAUAUCCUCAUCAACCAAAAUCUCAAGCCGCACAACGGCCAUCACAAAACAUCUCUCUUCACAAAAUAGCGACAGCAAAGAAAACAAAAAAGCCCUAAUCGCCUUGACAGCCCCCUCCAAAACCGCGAGUAAAUCAAUCAGUAUCGCCGAAAUUUCGAAACGAGAAUUUCUCGCUAAAGGGGAGAAAUGCUUUCAGUAUAAUGCUUUGAGCUCGAAGAUGGUUGAGAUGCCACGGAAAGGGCAUGUAGAGGAUGAGGAGGAGGAUGAUGAUGAUGAUGAGGCGUUUGAGCUGCUGCACGAAAAGGAUGAGGAUGAUGAGAGAAUGGUGAAGAGGAAGAGGAAGGUUCCUGUUUUGACCAUUUAUCUUGCGAAGAGUUCGGUUAAGGAUGUGACGAGGGUGACGGGAUGGGAUGGGAGUGUGUGGAUGAGGGCUGACUUUUUUGGUGAAGGGAGCAAACUUGAAAAGCAUCUCCACACAUUAAUCAAAGUGCUUUCGUCUACGCCCGGUCCCACUUGCAGGUUUUGGUAUGGUUUCUACCAUAUGCUCUUGCUGAGAACGCAUCGGAGUUAUACUCAUGGCUAG